AUGAGAGUCCGAACUAAAUAUAUCCCUCCUCUUCACAACAAGCCCGCUGUCUUAACCACUGAUGUAAAUCUCUCACGUGCUGCUGGUCGGGUUGUUCGGUUUGAUUCGAAACUUGAGCAGAAUGUGGAAGCGAAUCCAUCUGACAUGCUCGGUCCCAGAAAGACCCGCAACGCCUUUCCAAUUCCUAUUUCUGUUUCUCGAAAGAUCUCCCUUUGCAGAAGCAUCGAUCCUCGAUCUGGCCUCCCUACCGACCCUAAGCUCACCAUCAUGCUUCAGACACGCUGGCUGUUGUGCUUUCCCGAAGCAUGCCACAUCUCCGUCCAGCAAGAACGAAUCGUAAGCCGACAGCAUCGCUCCCCACUCCCAACCAAUACAGAACGAUUUUUUUUUUACUGCAACAUUUUCAUUGUUCUUUUUUCUGUCAAACAUAUUUUCUUUCCCUUUUCCUUUACUGUCUUCUUUUCUCUUUCUUUCUUUCUUUCUUUCUUUUAUUCCACAUUUCCUUUCGUUUUCUUUCUUUCGUUCACUUUUCUAUAUUUCUUUCUUUCUUUCUUUCCUUCUUUCUUUCACUCAAUACGUAAUUCCUUUCUUUUUAUUUUCCAUUACUUUAUCUCAUAUUCCUUUCUUUCUUUCUUUCUUUCUUUCUUUACUUUCUUUCUUUAUUUAUUUGUUUAUUUAUCUAUUUGUUUAUUCCAUAUUUCCUUUCUUUUUCUUUCUUUCGUUCACUUUUCUAUCUUUCUUUCUUUCUUUCUUUCUUUCUUUCUUUCUUUCUUUCACUUAAUCCGUAAGUCCUUUUUUAUUUUCCAUUACUUUAUUUCAUCUUUCUUUCUUUCUUUCUUUCUUUCUUUAUUUAUUUAUUUAUUUAUCUAUUUGUUUAUUCCAUAUUUCCUGUCUUUUUCUUUCUUUCGUUCACUUUUCUCUAUGUCUUUCUUUUUUUCUUUCUCACUUUCUUUCUGUCACUUAAUCCAUAAUACUUUUCUUUUUAUUCUUCCUCUACUUCAUCUCAUAUUUCUUUCUUUCUUUCUUUCUUUCUUUCUUUCUUUCUUUCUUUCUUUCUUUCUUUCUUUCAAGUGUUCCUAA